AUGGCGGUGGGGGUGCAACAUACGGUGAUGGAUCGAUGGAGUAAGGGCCGGGAAUCGGAGGAGGGACUCACAGUGGAGGUUGGUUGCGUGCUCGGGGAGGCCGGGGUGGACGAGGUGACGCAGAUCGAUGGCGGCGGACGGCACGACACCGAGGUUGAAUACGACCAACGCAGCGACGGCGAUGCGGCAUGUUGGCCUCGAUCCAACAACGAAGAUGACGAAGACAAUAAUGAGGAGGCUUCUCUACAGCGUAUCACGCGCCUGGGAGCACGAUAG